AAGAGUGUGGACUAUUUUUCUUUUUUUCCUUUCAGUUUCCUUUUUACGUGUGUCGUUCUGGUCUUCGCGAAAAUGCGUUAACGCGAAAAUAUGUCCAUGGAGGAGACACACGGAGGCGGCAUGUCUUCCGCGACGCUCUCGUCCGUCUUGCUCCUUCUACUUUUCGGUCGUGCCGCGAAUGCUCAGAGAAGUUUAGAAUUUUUCGAUCUCCUACCCGAGGAUCCUAAAUUGUACGACAAAAUGCGACCUCCCAAGAAAGAUGGCCAGGCAACCGUUGUAUAUUUUCACGUUACCGUGAUGGGACUCGAUUCCAUCGACGAAAAUUCAAUGACGUAUGCCGCCGAUAUUUUCUUUGCCCAAACGUGGAAAGACAAUAGACUCCGAUUGCCGGAAAACAUGACGUCCGAGUAUAGAUUAUUAGAAGUCGAUUGGUUGAAAAACAUGUGGCGGCCGGAUUCCUUCUUUAAGAACGCAAAGUCGGUGACUUUUCAAACAAUGACGAUACCGAAUCACUAUCUGUGGCUGUAUAAGGACAAAACCAUUCUGUACAUGGUGAAAUUGACUCUAAAACUUUCUUGCGCCAUGAAUUUUCUGAUCUAUCCCCACGAUACGCAAGAGUGUAAACUGCAAAUGGAAAGUCUGUCGCACACGACGGACGAAAUGAUCUUCCAGUGGGAUCCCGACGUUCCCCUUGUUGUGGAUGAAAAUAUCGAGCUGCCGCAAUUGCAACUCGUUAAAAACUAUACAGCCGACUGCACGCAGGUUUAUUCCACUGGUAACUUCACUUGCCUCGAAGUCGUGUUUGUGCUGAAGCGACGUCUCGGCUAUUACCUGUUUCACACUUACGUGCCGACGUGCCUGAUCGUCAUCAUGUCGUGGGUAUCGUUCUGGAUAAAACCCGAGGCCGCGCCCGCCCGAGUCACCCUGGGAGUCACCUCGUUGCUCACCCUCUCCACGCAGCACGCCAAGAGUCAGGCCUCUUUACCGCCCGUUUCAUACCUGAAGGCCGUCGACGCCUUCAUGUCGGUCUGCACGAUCUUCGUGUUCAUGGCGCUGAUGGAGUAUUGUCUGGUGAACAUCGUUCUCGGCGACUCGGAUGCGCCCGCAGCGAAACCCGCGCCUCCGCCGCCGCCGCCGUCCUCGAGCACCGCGGACUCGGCUAAGCUCGACAAGAUCUUCGAUAUCGCUGCCAAGGAAAACGCAAUGUUGUUAUCCUGCCGAUCGCAGAAAUCGCCGGCUGCACCGCCGCCUGGACCCACCCCGGCCCAAAGGGCGCGAAUACGGGCGCUGAACAUCGACCGCUUCUCGCGCUUCUUUUUCCCUUUCCUGUUCGCCGUGCUGAACGUCACCUAUUGGAUAAUGUUCGCCGAGUAUAUUUAGACAGUGACAUCGGGAACACUGACCGCGGAAACAUCGCGCGCGCGCGCGCGCGAGAGAGAAAGAGAGAGAGAGACCUCAAGAGGAGCACGAAGAAGGGGACGAGCUCUUUGCGAGAACACUCCGGAAACACGUUGAGAGAGACGAGGGAUGUUUCGGAUAAAAUUUGUCACUGCGAUAAAUUUUUACUCGAAAUAUCCCUCGUCUCUUUCAAAUUUAUGUAGUCACGUCGAUCCACGAACGAAGAUGGUGGAGAGUUUCGCGAUUGGUGAAGAUCUGACGGAAGUCUGGAGAUCGAAGAUACAAUCGGUGCGAGUAACAAUAAAAUGUAGCGAUGGCUAACGGUGACAAACGCAGAAAUGUCUAAUCUUCUUAGAAUGUCGCUCCUCCGGGGAACUUCAAUCCUUCUUUUACUCUUUUUCUUAUAAGGUAGAACAUUUUAUUAUAACAUUACCUGUUAUCAUGGUGCACUCGCAUGUUUUCUCUGACUGCUCACUUUUUUCGUCCGCUCGGCAUAGAUUCGGUAUGUAACAUAUAUAUAAUAAUUACGUUUCAUGAGCUAUGCGUGAUGUGUAAUUUUAUCGCUAAAUACGCGUACAUACAAAAGCAAAUUUUACUUUCUUCUCUCUGCCAAUUAGACAUUUCAAUUCUAAAAAAAAUGAAUCGUGCAAAUUGUCGCGAAUUUUGCUUUUCAAAAAGGACGUUCUUGUUUGUGAACUUUAUUAAUAAAUUUAUAAAACUUCUCCGAGAAUAAGUAGGAAAUUUCGUCGAAAUAGAAUAGAAUGAUAUACAGUAAGGUUGCAUAUUAAUUCGAAUAAAUUUAGAAAGUGGCAAUAUGUUUAACUCAACUUAUCAACUUCAUAUGUCGCUUUGUUCAUUAUGUAAUACUCAUGAUACCCAUAAUUCAAAAGGCCGAAUAGAAAGUUCAUAGCUAUUGUCGGUCGUUCGCGAUAAUCUAACAACCUUGUACGAAAUAAUAUCCCAGUGAACACCGAGCAUCAGUUAAAUUGCAUUUAUGUUAUGUAAUUUCUCACUCAACAACGUUAAUGUAAUAUAACAC